GUGGCGUCGCCUUACUUCCGGCCUCCCUCUAGCUGCCAUCUUGCGUCCCCGCGUGUGUGCGCCUUCUCUCAGCUGGUCUGCCCGAGACCCCCUGAGCGUGAACCUUAGUUCCCCGCGCGGCGCCAUUUCCACUCCGACAAGAUGAAAGAAACGAUCAUGAACCAGGAGAAACUCGCCAAACUGCAGGCACAAGUGCGCAUUGGUGGGAAAGGAACUGCUCGUAGAAAGAAGAAGGUGGUUCACAGAACAGCCACAGCAGAUGAUAAAAAACUGCAGUUCUCCUUAAAGAAGUUAGGGGUAAACAAUAUCUCUGGUAUUGAAGAGGUGAACAUGUUUACAAACCAAGGCACAGUGAUCCAUUUUAACAACCCUAAAGUUCAAGCAUCUCUGGCAGCAAACACCUUCACCAUUACAGGCCACGCUGAGACCAAGCAGCUGACAGAAAUGCUUCCCAGCAUCCUAAACCAGCUUGGUGCAGACAGUCUGACUAGUUUAAGGAGACUGGCUGAAGCUCUGCCCAAACAAUCUGUGGACGGAAAAGCACCGCUUGCUACUGGAGAGGAUGAUGAUGAUGAAGUUCCAGAUCUGGUGGAGAAUUUUGAUGAGGCUUCUAAGAAUGAGGCAAACUGAAUUGAAGCAACUUCUGAAGAAGGUGAUACUUGCAGAAGUUACAGGAGCUGCUAUUUUAUAUCAUGACUGCUUUUUAAAAUUUUUUGUUUAUUAUGGAUCUGACAAAAUCUAGAUCUCUAAUAUUUUUAAGCCCAAGCCCCCCGGACACUGCAGCUCAUUUCAGUUUUCGCUUAUACCUAAUUCAUUCUUUGCGGCAAAUUAAGCUGAAGAAGCCUGGGAAUAAAGUUUGGAAAGGGUUAAUAAAAUUCUUUGCCUAGUA